CGCGAACUAGUUCGGUUCAUGUGCAGCAGAACGCAGAGUACAACAGAAGUUUUUUCGUUCCGUGUGACGUGAAAAGUGCACAUAAUAUUGGUUAAAAUUAGUUUAAGCCUAGUUAACUAGCCAAAUAAAUAGCCAUGUCGUUUGCGGAAAAGAUAACGGGCCUGCUGGCACGGCCGAAUCAACAAGAUCCAAUUGGACCAGAGCAGCCCUGGUAUCUCAAAUAUGGAAGUCGAUUGCUGGGCAUUGUGGCCGCUUUCUUUGCCAUUCUCUUCGGCCUGUGGAAUGUAUUCUCCAUUCUCACUCUCAGCGUAUCCUGCCUGGUGGCUGGCAUCAUUCAAAUGGUGGCAGGUUUUGUGGUGAUGCUCCUGGAGGCACCUUGUUGCUUUGUCUGCUUCGAGCAGGUGAACAUGAUCGCGGAUAAGGUGGACUCCAAGCCCCUGUAUUUCAGGGCCGGACUCUACAUUGCCAUGGCUAUUCCGCCCAUUAUCCUGUGCUUUGGAUUGGCCAGCUUAUUCGGCAGUGGCCUGAUUUUGGGAACUGGCGUUGUCUACGGAAUGAUGGCGUUAGGCAAGAAAGCUUCGCGAGAGGACAUGGCCGCCGCUGCCACAUCGCCCACACAGAUGGCCGGCAGUCAGGCGGGCGGUCAGAUGCAGAUGGGCGGCGAUCAGCAUAUCACACUCAUGGAAGAUCCCGAUGUCUGGCGUCCCACAUAAAUUCCUAGCCGCGCGAUUAGUAACUGCCAAACAAGAAACCACAACUCUUACACCCUCAGAUACAGAUAAAGAUACAGAUAAAGACACAGAUACACUCACACACACACACACUCCACACUAGAAAUGCAAAUGAUGCAAAAUAUUGAUCGAGUAACAAAUAUUUUACGGCGCCUAGUUUUUAGUGUUCGUUCCAAGGAGAAAAAAUAUGUAACUAGGAGAAGGAAAAGAUAAACCAAAAUCACGAAGAAAAAGAAGCAGCAUUGUAGGGCAUCAGAGAACUAGAAUACAGAACACCCCACCAAUUACAAAAAGAAAUUGAACGAAAUUCUUUCAUUAUUGUUGAAACCAGAGAGUGUUAGUAAUCAAAGUGUUUUUUGGGCAAAUGCAUUUUCGUCAUUCGUCCCUCCCUUUUUGCAUGUCAUUCAAAUUCGUAUUCGUAUUCGUGUUCAAAUUUGUAUUUUUUUUUUUUUUUUAACAAAUGUCUUUCGAUUGAGCAGUUGGUGUUGUUGAAUACUACAGUAUAUAUAUACAUAUAUAUAUAUAUAUUAUAUGCAUAGAGAAACUACUGAUAACAAUAAUGUAAUACACAUGUCAAACUGCAGCAAGCAUAUAUUUUUAGUGAGAAACUAUAUUUGAAAGCUAACCGAAUGCAAGAGAAACCUAUAAGUAAACCACAGCUUCCAGACUCACACACACACACACUCUCUCUCACAAACAGCUAAAUAAUGCUAAUUAAAAAAAUACAAAAAAAAGCCACUGAUGAUGAUAGAUAUGGACAAGUGAAUGUCGAGAACCUAGAGCAAUAUGUACAACUCAGAAAGUAUUAACUUUAUAUGCUUUGCUUCGAUGUAAACCAUAAAAUUAAAUGUUAAAAAGUUGUUUGAGAUUAAAAUUUGCUCGCAAGAUAGUCACAAAUUGAAAUUGAACAUAAUCAAGAAAAGCAUACAAAAAAUAGAAUAUAUAUAUAUAUACAACAAGUUGAGGAUUUAACAGUUAUAUUUUUUAAAUGUUGUAAACAAAACUAAAUGUCCAUUUCAAUUUGUAGCCUUUUUACUUAGACGUUUUUCAUUUUAGACAAUCACUUUGUUAAUAGGUUUGCUUCUUUCGGGUCUUCGUAUGAUUUCUUAUUUGCUAAAAGUAUAUGCUUUUAUUAAAAAAGUUAUUUUAAAACUAAGUUAAUUUUAAGUAUUUAUUCCAAUCGUUUUAACUUUGAAAGUCUGAGAGAAAACCUUUUACAUUAAUAAUUAUUGUUGCCUAUUGGCCUGUUUUUUUUAUUUUUUUGGUUUACUAGAGUAAAGCAUUCCAAAAAAGCUAUUUAUUUACACUUAAGUUAUUGUAUAUGUUUUAUUUUAGCAUAAAUUUAAGAAAAGUUUGUUUUGAUAAAUACUCGCGAGAACUUGUUACAAUUGUAGCCUUCGCCAGCAACUGAGAAUCUCACCUGAAUUAAUAAUGAAACGUAAACGUAAUAAAUUUUGUUGAAAUUUGUUAAUCAAUGAACGCAACACUAAAAAUGAAAUCAUGUAAAAUAUUUCGUUAGCAAUUGAAUACAAACGCAUGAAACAAA